AUGGUGAGUUCAUCCAUGCCUUAUUUCUUCUUACUCUAACUGUUUAUCUCUGCCAACCCUUUUCAACACUAUGGCUUAUGUUCGCAUUUCAUUCGUCAAGUUUCAAUCUUUCCUCAACUUUCUCGAAAACCAUUGUGCAUGUUUAGUAUGUACCAUGUUCUUGUAAGGCAAUGGCGUUUUUUGUCUAAGAAAAAUGGGUUUUGUUUCUUGAAAUUCUGCUUGAGGAUUGACAAGAGUGUGAGGAGAAAUUGUUUCUAGAAGCUUAUUUUACUGUCUUUUUUGGAUUGUUGUGUCAAGAGUAGAAGCCCCAAAGUAAAUGCAUGGAUCAAAGGGAUGCUAUGACAUUAGCGGGCUCGGGUUCGUAUUACAUGCAGGCCGACUCUGCAGCAGGGCUGCAGAGCUCGCCUAACAUGAGCCCAAUGUCGAAUGCUGCUGUACACUUCCAGUCCAACACCGGUGGCAGCUUAAAUGUGUCGUCGUUACCUUUAGAUACUUCAUCAGCAAUGUCUCCUCAUGGAGUUAGUGUAGGUGUAGGUGUAGGUCCACAUGCUAUGCAGCAAGGCGAACCUGUGCGCAGGAAAAGGGGAAGGCCGCGUAAAUAUGGACACGAUGGUGCAGUUUCAUUGGGACUGUCUCCCUCUAUCUCUAGUCCUACACCUAUGGCAAGAGCCACUCAGAAGUGGAGAGGGAGACCACCGGGAGCUGGACGUAAGCAACAGCUGUCGCCUCUAGGUGGAUCUACUUUCACUGGAGCUGGAACAAUGACUCCACAUAUCAUCAAUGUUGCAGUUGGAGAAGAUAUCAAAAGAAAGGUAUUAUCUCUUUUACAGGGACGAAGGGGCAUAGUUAUCUUGUCGGGCAUUGGUUCCAUCUCGGCCGCAAAUAUCAAGAUUUCAAAUUCUAGUGGAAGUGUCACGUACGAGGGGCACUUUGAUAUGAUAAAUUUAUCAGGUUCUUACAUCAAUGAUGUUGAUGGUCCUCACGGCCCGACUGGUGGUCUUAAUGUUACGUUUGCUGGUCCUGAUGGUCGUCUCAUAGGCGGCCCUGUCGAGGGCCUCCUCAUUGCUGGCAGCCCUGUUCAGGUGAUUGCUGGAAGCAUGGUUCCUUUCACUUCUAAGCCCAAAAACAAGGCGCCCGAAGAUCUGGAACCUUCUGGAGACCCUCAUCGUAGCACACUUGGAAACUCGGUAAAUCCAGCUAACGUUAGUCAGAAUCUCAACCAGAUGCGCGCCUGGACGAAUUCAAGAUGAUGGAUGUAUAUGAAAUUGUUGUGUUGACAUUAACUGAAGCUGGAAAGAAAGAGCACAAUGCAUUCGCUUUUUCUUACAUGACAUAGGCUUUCCCAAAAUGUACAUCCCUCCAUUAAAAGGAUUUUCCUCGUACCUGCUGUAUGAACAACAAUACUUGUAAUUCAUCUUGAGAGGACAGCUCAAGAAACAUUUGUAUACUCAGUUUUUUGUAACAAAUUGGAAGCUUUUUUUCUCAA